UUAUAAUAAUUAAAUUAUAAUAAUUAAAUACUAAAAGAUAAAUACUAUUAAAAUAUAUUACGACGAAUACGAUAUAAAACUCCAUCAUAUAAAACUUCAUUUUAAAAUGUAGGAUAAGAAUGAAAUGUAGGAUUCUAUGAGAUGUGAAAUUUAUUUCGUAUUCCGUCUGUAGUUUGAAUCUCCUAUCAACAGUUUAAAGAUUCUCCAGGACGAAGCAGCAGCUUCAAGAAACAUAUUUUGAAAAUUUGUUGAAAAUGUUCUAUGUCUGUGUAAUUAAAGGACUUGCAAUAGUAAAAGUUCCGACUGAAUGAAUCAAAAGGAAUCUUGGUAUAUAGGAAUUCAUUGUCGACAAUUUUUCUACGUGUGACAGAAUGUAAUAACUUAGAUAUAACGAAUUGGACGAAUGGUUUACAUCAUUGAUAUUUUUACAAAUAACACACAAUUCUGAUAUCUUGUUUAAAUUAAGCAACAAGGGACAUAAUUUAUUUUAAUAAUCGUUAGAGGAGAACGUAACCUAAAUUUUAUCACCGUUGACAUUGAAUCAAGUUACACGAGAUGGACAAGUCAAUUUUGAUGCAAAAGCAAGUGAGGGACAAUGCAGAGGAUUUGCAAAAGGAAUUUCUAGACAUGAAGAAUUGGGAAGAACAAAUGAAACACAAGGAUGAACAAUUGCGGAAAGAAACAAGUGGUCAGAUUAUCUUACCGCCGAUUAGAAGAAAGCACAAAAACAAAACGAAGAGUGUUAUAAAAAAAGAUGAAAGCAAUACUGAAAUGAAAAGAAUUAAAUCGUACGAUUAUUCCGCUUGGGAUAAAUUUGAUGUAGAUAAAGCUUGUAAAGAAGUGGAUAAAGAAGAACAAUUGGAUGAAUCUGAGGAUGAACAUAUGUCCAAAGAGGAAUUGAAGAAAGCACAUGAAGAAGCGACAGAGCAUAAAAAUAAGGGCAAUAUUUUUGUACAGCAACAAAAGUGGUUAGAAGCAAUUGGCUGCUACAAUAAAGCUAUAAAACUAUUCCCAUAUGAUGCGGUUUUUUAUGCAAAUCGUGCACUGUGUCAGUUAAAACUAAACAACUUCUAUGCCGCUGAAUCUGAUUCUUCUGCUGCAAUUCAGUUAGAUGACAAUUAUGUGAAAGCUUACCACAGAAGGGCCACAGCCAGAAUGAAUAUAAAACAAUAUAAAGAAGCUAAACGAGAUUUGGAGACAGUUUUGAAAUUAGAACCUUCUAAUAAAGAAGCCAACUUGUUGCUAGAUCAAAUUGAGAACAAGCUUAAAUGUUCAGAGGCAAGCACUACAGCGAAAAAAGAUACACAGCAGUCAACGAUUGAAAAAAAAGGUACUAAGGAGCCAAUUGAAAAAAAGAUUGCUGAUCAAAUGUGGAGCAAUAGUGCAUCAAAAGUACAAAGCAUGGGAACUAAGGAUAUUAUAAAGCCUAAACAUAUAAAGGAAAAUAAGGUUAUCACGAAUGUUAAAGAUAGUAUAGAAAAUACAAAAGAUGAUGUGGGCGAUACCAAUAUAAAAAAGAAAAGAGAUCUGCGUAUUCCAGAUUGGUUGCCAGAGAAGAAUGAAGUUACUGUAAUAGAACCAAUAGAGAAACCUCCUCAUUUGCGUUCAAAGAAACUAUUGACAAAAAUACCUAUCCAAGAAUUGGAAUUUGGUAUAGAUCAGUACAAAUAUACUAAUGACAAAAUAGUAGGAAACAAAGGUAAUCUUGUACAGAAAAAAGAUCGUGUACAGGAAGAAGAAUCUAGUAAAAAUUCUGUACAGAUAGAAGAAUUUAAUAAAAAAAUUAUACAAAUGGAAGGACAGAAAGAAGAACUUUGUAAAAACCCAGUACUAGAAUUUCAUAAAGAAAAUAGUUGUGUCAAAGUUUCUGAUCCUUCGAAAGAUAUUGGCUUUAUAUCACCAAUACCUAAAACAGCUGUACAGUUUCUAAUGAAUUGGAAAAAAAAUAACUCAUUGGAAUUCAGAUAUAAAUAUUUGAAGCAAUUACCAGAGAACAGUUUACCUAAAAUAUUUCAAGAUUCAAUGGAGUCAGAUAUUUUUAGUCAAAUAAUAGAAAUUUUGAGCAUAGAAUUCAUAAAAAGGAAAGAUCAAAUAUUCUGUUACUUGAAAGAUCUCAGUCAGGUUAAGCGAUUUAGAGCACUUAUUAUGUUUAUUACUAAUAAUGACAAAAAAAAUUUAAUAACUCUUUUUGAAUAUUGCAAAACAGUCGAAAACGUGUCUCAAGAUGAAAUUUCAAUUCUGAAAGAUAAAUAUGAAAUUUAGAAAUAAAUUUAUAUUUUUAAAUAAUAUAAUACUUAAGUUAUAUAUAUUUUGUACAAAUGUUCCUAUUUGAACAAGUAUGAAUAAAG